GGCGGCGGCGGGGCCGGUCCCGGCGGCGGCGGCGGCCGGUGCGCGGCGCGGGCGGGCGCGGGCCGGUCCCGUCCCGGUGACGUCCGGUGGCGGCGGGGCGAUGCCGUUCCCGGGCGGGCUGUGGUGGCUGCUGUGCUGCCGGCAGGGCUUCACGCUGCUGCGGCGGGACUACGGCGAGGCGGACCGGGAGGCGGACGGCGAGGCCGAGGAGGAGGAGGCGUCCUUCGAGCUUCGCGCCCAGGGAGACCAGGGGUCCCUGGAGGUGAGCUUGAGCCAGCCCACCCGCAGCAGCAGCGGCUCGGAGCGGUCCCUGCUCGUCGCAGAAGAGAUGCGCAGCCUCAUCGUGGAGAAGGGCCCAGGGCCAGUGGAGGAUGACCCUGACACUCUCAUGAAAGGCUGGCUGCAGCGGGAGGUGCGGGGCGGCAUGAAGACCCCUUGGAUCCGGCCUCGGAAGUACUGGUUUGUGCUGACGUCCGACUCCCUGGACUACUACAGCAGCAACGAAAAGGGGGCCCGGCGGCUGGGCUCCCUGGUGCUCACCAGCCUCUGCUCUGUUCUCUGGCCAGACAAGCAGACAUACAAGGAGACAGGCUACUGGAGCGUGACGGUGUUUGGCAGGAAGCACUGCUACCGCCUGUACACGCAACACCUGAAUGAGGCCGUGCGCUGGGUCUGCGCUGUGCAGAAGGUCAUCAGCAGCAAAGUGCCCAUCCAGACGCCCACCCAGCUGCUCAUGCGCGACAUCGAGGAGCACUGUGGCAACCCCGAGGUCCUGGAGCAGAUCUACCACUGCAACCCCAUCCUGCGCUACACCAGCAGCCCCCUCUAUGCUCCCCUGCUGCCCUUCCCCUACGGCAGCCUGGACCAAAGUGCCCCCGGCCCCCACAGCUAUACCACGCUGCGUGAUGAGGCCGUGAAGCUCUUCAACUCGCUGCAGCAGCUGGAGUUGGAGCGGGACCCGGUGCCGCUGAUGCAGGGCGUCCUACAGACCUGCCUGGACCUGCCGCCGCUGGUGGACGAGAUCUACUGCCAGCUGGUUAAGCAGACCACGGAGCCGCCAGUGCCGGGCGGGCAGGGCGACCUGCACUACUGGCAGCUGCUCACGUGCAUGAGCUGCACCUUCCUGCCCUCCCCGCCUGUCCUGCGCUUCCUGCACUUCCACCUGGACAGGACAGAGAGCCGGUUCCCUGCCUCGGAGAUGGCCAAAUACGCCUGCUUCAUCCGGGAGGCGCUGGGGAAGACAAAGGGGCGGGAGUGCGUGCCCUCCCUGGAGGAGAUCCUCGUGCUGAUGCGGCGGCAGGAAAUGAUCUGCACUGUGCACUGCCCAGGAGCACCUGCCUGCAGCGUGGCCAUCAGCUCCCACACCACGGCUGAGGAGGUGGCCAGGGAGCUGGUGUCACGCCUGGGGCUGUCCCAGAGUCCCAACCUCUUCGCGCUCUAUGAGCAGUCCCGGCGGCGGGAGCAGCCUGUGGGCAGCACCACGCUGCUGGCCGACGUCCUCACCAGGUUUGAAAACCUGGCUGGGGAGGAGCAGGACCCGCCCUGCCGUCUCUGCUUCAAGCACUACGGCUUCCUGGACAUGGACAACGUUCCCCGUGACAGCCUGGAGUUCGCCCUCCUCUUUGAGCAGGCACACGAGAUGGUGCUGCGGGGCUAUGUGCCCACGUCGGAGGAGACGUUGCAGACACUGGCCGCCCUACGCCUGCAGAGCAUCAACAGUGACUUCUCGGCCCGGGGGCCCUUCCCGCGCCUGGAGGAGCUCUUCCCCCCUCACGUGCUGCACGCCCGCCUGCCAGCCCCCCGCCACUGGCCCCCCAAGUGCCGGGGGGCCCGGCUGCGCGCGGGACUGCUGGCCGGCGGGCUCUGGGGGCAAGCGCUGGCCAAGCAGCGGGCGGAGCGGGACCAGCGCCUGCGGGGCCGCCUGCGGGAGGAGGGGGCCAGCACCAUGGCUGCCAUCCUGGAGAAGUGGAAGCUGCUGCAGGGCAUGGGCCGGCCUGAGGCCAUGGCUGCCUACCUGGCUCUGGUGCGGGAGUGGCCUGGCUUUGGAUCCACACUCUUCGAUGUGGACCUGCAGGCGGUGAGGCCCCGGUGGGGCAGGGGUGGGGGGCAGGGGUGGGGGGCAGGCCUGACACCCCUCUCCCCACAGAGUCCGGUGGGGGCUGGCCCGCAGCGGUUGUGGCUUGGCAUUGGAGCCAAGGCUGUCUCGCUCUACAAGCCGGGGGAGCCCGAGCCCUUGGACAGCUUCUGUUACGGCCGCAUCUCCUCCUUUGGUGCCUCUGACAGCAGCACCUUCCGCCUUUCUGUGGAGGACCGGGACCUGCUCUUUGAGACCUCCCAGGUGGACGAGAUCGCCCAGCUCCUCCACACUUACCUUGCCUCUGCAGGUGUCCAGCAGCCACCUCAGCCCCAGGAGCCACCCACCAGCCCCCUGGAGCCACCCACCAGCCCCCUGCCCCCCACCGCGCUGCCCCAGGGGCUCUGCCCCAUGGCCGGGCCCUGGCAGCACCGGCCACCGCUGGGCUCCUUCCACAGCUAGCCUGGUGGCCACACAGGGUGCUCCCGUUGGAGGGCGCAGGGAGGGUGACCGGCCGCUCCCUGCAGGGGGGACAGGGGCUUGUGCUCCCUGUGCUGCUGUUGCCUUUCUUGUUAUUUCCUUAAUUUAUUUCGAGACGCCCGCACCCCCCACGUCUCCCAGCACUUUCCCUGGUGGGCAGCAGGGCUGCCAUGCUGCAGCCCCUGCGCUGCCCCCAGGCCUGUCCCUGUCCCUUGUACCCUGGUGCCUUUGCCUCCAGCACUCAUGCUGCCUGGCAGCUCUGCCUGUGCCCAGCCCCUGCUGUCUGGGGGCUGUGCCCAGCGCAGGGGGAGCUGGCAGCUGUGCUGUGCCAUCGUCUGUCUGUCCGUCCAACCCAUCCUCCUGGAAAGCUGCGGGCGGCUUUUGGCCGAGCUGCCCCAGGGACCGGUGGGCUCCUAGUGGCCGGUCCCUGCUGCUUUGCGGUGGCCCCGUGGCCGGGCUUGUGGUGCAGGGGUGGCCGGUGGGGUGGCAGCUGGUACGGCUGGGGCUCGGCCCCUCAAUGUUGCCUCUGUAAAGUUUGUCGGUUCUGUCUUGGGGCGGGGGGGAGUCGAUUGUUUGUUUUUCUAAAUAAAUGCACAAAUGAA